AGGCGCCGGAAUGGUUAGCCGAGGGGCUGCUCCGCCCCCGGCUCCUCCCGCCCCCGCCUCCCGCCGGCUCGGCUUCGGGUUGACACGGGGCUUAGCCCGGCAGGGCGGAGGGCAGCAGGUUAGCCCGCGGCUGGGUGGCGGCGGCAGGCCUGAGCGCGACUUAUUUACAAGCCCAGCUACUACUGAUGAAGAUGUGUUGGGAGAGUGGCUGCUGAAAUUGACCUUUACUGACCCGAGACAGUUUUAUUUGUUUUACUUGUUUAUCCCCCUGCUUUGAGUUUUACUGCAAUGGCUGAGAAACUUGAAAAAUAAAAUAACAUGCUGUGGUCUUGAACCUUCUUUCUGAGGAAAUACUGAAGUGCCAAAGUGGAAAGCCAGAAUGGCAGCCAGAGAUAGGCUCUUUGAACUUUGGAUGCUUUAUUGUACAAAGAAAGAUCCAGAUUACCUGAGACUAUGGUUGGACAAUUUUGUUUUAAGUUAUGAACAAUUUUUAGAUGUUGACUUUGAAAAGCUUCCUACCAGGGUAGAUGAUAUGCCUCCAGGAAUAUCUUUGCUUCCUGAUAAUAUUCUUCAGGUUCUGAGGAUCCAGCUGCUACAUUGUGUUCAGAAAACAGCAGAUGGGUUAGAGGAACAGCAACAAGCAUUAUCAAUUUUGCUCGUCAAAUUCUUUAUUAUUCUUUGCAGGAAUUUAUCAAAUGUAGAAGAAAUUGGGACUUGCUCCUAUAUUAAUCAUGUUAUUACCAUGACAACACUGUAUAUUCAGCAAUUAAAAAGCAAAAAAAAGGAAAAGGAAAUGGCUGAUCAGACAUCUAUUGAAGAAUUUGUGAUCCAUGCAUUGGCAUUCUGUGAAAGUUUAUAUGAUCCUUAUAGAAAUUGGAGACAUAGAAUUUCAGGACGAAUCCUUAGUUCUGUGGAAAAGAGCAGACAGAAAUACAAGCCAGCUUCUCUCACAGUGGAGUUUGUUCCUUUCUUUUAUCAAUGUUUUCAGGAAAGUGAACAUCUCAAGGAAAGUCUUAAGUGUUGCUUAUUGCAUCUCUUUGGAGCCAUUGUAGCCGGUGGGCAGAGGAAUGCUUUGCAAGCAAUUUCUCCAGCCACCAUGGAAGUUCUCAUGCGAGUUUUGUCUGAUUGUGAUUCAUGGGAGGAAGGAGAUCCUGAGGAAGUGGGUAGGAAGCGAGAACUAACUCUGAAAUGCCUGACACAAGUGGUACAUAUCCUUCUUACUAGCAGUUCUGACCAGCGUCAGGUGGAAACCAGUACCUUACUGGAGAACUAUUUUAAAUUGCUCAAUUCAGAUCACUCAGCUUUACCCAAACAGAGGAAGUUCAUGCGGUGGGAAUGCCAGUUCAUAGUUCUGCAGAUUAAGAUGCUCAAUACCAUCACAGCCAUGUUAGACUGCGCAGUCAGGCCUGUUCUUCAGGCCAUUUUCCUUAACAGUAAUUGCUUUGAACAUCUCAUACGACUUCUACAGAACUGCAAGGUAUUUCAGGGGCGGUUAGAUUGUUUGGCUGUAUCAACAAUUCAAGCUUUGACAGCAGUGAUGAAGAAUUCUCCAGCUGCUAAGGAAGUAUUUAAAGAAAGAAUUGGCUAUAUGCACAUGUUUGAGGUAUUGAAAUCUUUGGGUCAGCCAUCACUAGAACUGCUUAAAGAACUUAUGAAUAUGGCUGUAGAAGGUGAUCAUACUUCAGUUGGUAUUUUGGGCAUUAGUAAUGUCCAUCCUCUCUUGGUUCUUAUCCAAUGGCUUCCGGAGCUAGAAUCACAUGACCUACAAAUAUUCAUCUCUGAUUGGCUGAAAAAAAUUUGUUGUAUUAAUAAGCAGAGCCGAACUAUGUGUGUGAAUGCAAACAUGGGAAUAAGAAUCAUUGAAACCCUUGAAUCCCAUUCUUCCCUACAUCGAACUUGUGCUGAGAACUUGAUAACAAUUCAUGGUUCAUUGGGGAGUCUGUCUGUGAGCUCAGAAGAAAUCCGUCGACUACUACGAUUGCUGAGAGUAGAUGAAUCUGAGUUUAUUCACCCGUAUACCAUUCCUGUGACUCGUGCAAUUCUGACAAUGGCGCGGAAACUCAAUCUUGAGAGUGCACUGCAGUAUUUUAAUUUGUCACAUAGCAUGGCAGGAAUUUCUGUGCCUGCCAUUCAGAAAUGGCCUGGGUCUGCAUUUUCCUUCUCUGCUUGGUUUUGCUUAGAUCAGGAUCAAUUACCCCUUGACACUGCUAACAAAGGAGGAAAAAGAAAACAAUUAUAUAGUUUUUUUACAGGAAGUGGAAUGGGUUUUGAAGCUUUUAUUACUCACUCAGGUAUGUUGGUUGUGGCAGUGUGCACAAAAAGAGAAUAUGCAACAGUUAUGCUUCCUGACCACAGUUUCUGUGACUCUCUCUGGCACAACAUAACCAUUGUUCACAUGCCUGGGAAAAGGCCCUUUGGUCAGAGCAUCGUCUAUAUCUAUGACAAUGGACAACAAAAGGUUUCUGCUCCUCUCAGAUUUCCUGCCAUGAAUGAGCCAUUUACUUCCUGUUGUAUUGGUUCAGCUGGACAAAGAACCACUACUCCUCCACCAUCUCAAAUCCCAGAUCCACCGUAUUCUACUCCCAUAACCCCUCACCGGACAUCAUUUGGUGGAAUAUUGUCAUCAGCCUCCUGGGGUGGAACAAUUGAAAAAUCAAAAUUAAUUACGAAAUUAAUUUCAGCUGGAACUCAAGAUAGUGAAUGGGGUUGCCCCACAUCCUUGGAAGGGCAGCUAGGUUCUGUUAUUGUAUUCCAUGAAGCACUCCAGCCUUCACAGGUUAAGGCCUUAUAUUUAGCAGGUCCAAAUUGCUUAAGCCCUUGGAAGUGUCAGGACUAUGAUAUGGCCGGCCUACCAAGUAACAUCCUCCUUCAGUACACAGCAAAGGCUUGCGAAAAUUCAAUUUGCCUUGACUUGUCUACUAAUUAUUUGCAUGGAAGAUUAACAGGAAACAAAGUAGUGAAUUGGGACAUUAAAGACAUCAUCAAUUGCAUAGGUGGGCUAAAUGUACUUUUUCCUAUCCUGGAACAAAUAAGCCACUUUAUUGAAGGACAGACUUCUGAAGGAAUGAAUGAAAACACAGUUCCUGAAUUAAUAACACCGAUUGAACAGGAAUGUAUGGCAUUGUCCUCCACAAAGGCAUCAGAGUCAAGACUAGAGAGAAAUCUAGUUGCAACAUUUAUCUUGAUUGUGAAGCACUUUAUUCAGAGGCAUCCUAUCAACCAGGACAAUCUCAUUCAGUCCCAUGGGGUUGCAACUCUUGGUGCCUUACUUCAAAAGGUGCCAGGUACCCUAAUGGAUGUUAAUGUAUUGGUGGCAAUUCAAUUACUAAUUGAACAGGUAUCAUUAGAAAAAAACACAUUAUUGCUUCAACAAAUGUAUCAGUAUUUACUCUUUGACUUCUGCAUUUGGAACCGUGGAGAUUUCCCUUUUCGGAUUGGCCAUAUACAGUAUAUUUCAACUAUCAUUAAAGACAGCAGGAGAAUUUUCCGGAAGAAGUACGGUGUGCAGUUUCUCCUAGAUACACUUAGGAUUUAUUAUGGGCAUGGUUAUACAUGUAAUGAGCUUUCUCCAGAAGAUAUUCGAACAAUUAGGACUUCUUUGUAUGGGCUAAUUAAAUAUUUUCUUUGUAAAGGUGGAACUCAUGAAGAAAUACAAAGUAUCAUAGGUUACAUAGCUGCUACUAAUGAGGAAGAACAGCUUGUUGGAAUUUUGGAUAUACUCUUCAGUCUUCUACGAACCAGCCCAACUAGAGGUCAGCUUUUCUCACUGAUGUUUGAACCAGGAAAUGCUGAUAUACUGUAUGCUUUGCUGCUAAAUCAGAAGUACUCUGACAAACUAAGAGAAAUCAUUUUUAAGGUUAUAGAGCAGAUGUUAAGAUGCACCAGUGUUUAUGAACGUAGUAAGCAACGCAUCCGUCUCAGAGAAGUUGGCUAUUCAGGAAUUGGACUCCUCCUUAAUGAAGUUCCAGUUAAUGUGUCUCUCAUUAAAAACCUUGUCAAUCAAAUCAUUAAUGCAGAUCCUGUUAUCAAUUUCAAAGAUCUGUUAUCUGUAGUAUAUAUCUCUCACAGAACACACGUAAAUGUCAGAAUGGUCCUCUGUAGAAAGAUAUUACAGAUUUUGCAGUCCCAGCCAGAAGCAGCACACCAGAUAGCACAGCAAGUGGGUUGGCAAGAUACCUUUGUUAGACUUCUCCUAAAAGCAAACUUUGAAAAUGUAAAUUCUCUUCAUAAACAUGGAAAGGCUGUUUCAGUGAAAGAAAAUAAAAAUAUGUCCACUGAAAAGCUAGAUGAUGAAAAAAUGACAUUACCUGAUGUAUCUUCAGAUCAUUGGAGUUUGGAAGAUAGUCAGUCCCUGAACUCAAAUACACCAUUAUUUCAAGAAGUAAACUCUGAAGUAGAAUUAUCUUUCAAGUCAGAAAAUGAAGAAUUCUGGCAUAGUAACACUUCCCAUCUGAGUUUAGAUCUCAGUGGAACUGACUCAUGUGAACUGAGUGAGUGUGGAAGUCAAAUGCCAGACAGUUCACCUAGCACACCAUCCCCAGUGGAGUCUACUAAGUCGUUUUCUGUGCCAUCUGACAGAGAAAGGAGUAUCACAAAUGAAAUGGACUUUAGUGAUGACUUCGCCUUCCUUGAAAGCAAAGAGGAAUGUGAAGAGGAGCUUCUUCAGUUGGUUACAAAUAUUUUGAAUUAUAUAAUGUGUAAAGGACUAGAAAAGUCCGAUGAAGACACUUGGGUUGAAAGAGGACAAGUGUUUUCAGCAUUAACUAAACCAGGAAUAUCAAGUGAACUACUUCGAUCGUCAGAUGAAGUAAAACUAAUUUUGCUACAGAAGAUGUUAGAAUGGACAGUCACAGAACACAGAGAUGCAAAAAGUAGUCCUGUAACUGCUGAAAAUGCCUUCCGACUCAUGCUGAUCAUACAGGACUUCCUGCAGUCAGAAGGACUGGUUAAUUCAAACAUGUGGACUGAGAAGCUUUUAGAAGAUACCACACAGCUCCUUGAUUAUCUGUCAGCGUGGUAUUCUGAGAGUCCAGGAUGGGUAAAGCUCUCUCAGAUACAGAUCCAGUUGCUUCUGGAGUUCAUUGGAAGAGGCAGUUUGCAGGUUUGUGCAAUAGCAUCAGCUAAGCUAAAUGCCCUUCUUCAGACUAAAGUGAUUGAAAAUCAAAAUGAAGCAUGCUACAUUUUAGGGAAACUAGAACAUAUUCUAAGUCGGUCGAUCAAGGAACAGACAGAAAUCUAUUCAUUUCUGAUUCCUCUUUUCCGUACUCUGGUUUCUAAAAUUUAUGAGCUUCUUUUCAUGAACUUGCACCUGCCUUCUUUGCCUUUUACUGAUGGAAGUACUUCAUUUUUUGAAGAUUUUCAAGAAUACUGCAAUUCAGAUGAAUGGCAAGUUUACAUUGAAAAAUACAUUAUACCUUACAUGAAGCAGUAUGAAACACAUACAUUUUAUGAUGGUCAUGAGAACAUGGCACUUUACUGGAAGAAUUGCUAUGAAGCCUUAAUGGUGAAUAUGCAUAAAAGAGACCGAGAGGGAGGAGAAAGUAAAUUGAAAUUUCAGGAGUAUUUUGUGGAGCCAUUUAAUCGAAAAGCACGUCAAGAGAACUUGAGGUACAAUAAUAUGAUUAAACAACUUAGCAGUCAACAGUUGGCCUCUUUUAGAUGGUGGAAGGCAAUUAGACUCUAUCUUACAUGUGAAAGGGGGCCUUGGGCUAAAAGGAAACAGAAUCGAAUUCAUUGGAAACUGGCUAAUGUAGAAAAUUAUUCCCGCAUGAGACUUAAACUGGUACCUAAUUAUAAUUUCAAUAACCAUGAGGAUGCUAGUGCCUUAAGAGAUAAUUUAGGUGAGUUACAUGAUGAGAAGGAAGAACAGGAUCAAAAGGAAAAAUUGGUGUUGACUGAAGACUGUGAACUCAUUACAGUAAUCAACAUAAUUCCUGGCAGAUUAGAAAUCACUACUCAACACAUUUACUUCCAUGAUAACAGUAUUGAAAAAGAAGAUGGAAUAGGCUUUGAUUUUAAGUGGCCUCAUUCUCAAAUUCGAGAGAUUCACUUACGUCGUUACAACUUAAGAAGAUCAGCACUUGAGAUAUUUCAUAUUGAUCAAUCUAACUACUUUCUCAAUUUCAAAAAAGAGGUUAGAAACAAAGUAUAUAGCAGCCUGUUGUCACUUCAUUCUCCUAAUAGUUAUCGAGCAAGAUCACCACAAGAAUUGUUCAAAGCAUCAGGAUUGACACAGAAAUGGGUGAAUCGAGAGAUAACAAACUUUGACUACCUCAUUCAAAUAAACACAAUGGCAGGACGAACCUAUAAUGACCUUGCACAGUACCCUGUAUUUCCCUGGAUUUUGCAAGAUUAUACUUCAGAAGAGUUGGACCUUAAUAACCCCACUGUGUUUCGAGAUCUUUCUAAACCAAUUGGAGUAGUUAAUGAAAAAAAUGUGAAAGCUAUGCAAGAAAAGUAUGAAACUUUUGAGGAUCCAAUGGGAACGAUUGAUAAGUUUCAUUAUGGUACUCACUAUUCAAAUUCUGCAGGUGUCAUGCACUAUCUUAUCCGUGUAGAACCGUUUACUACCCUCCACAUCCAGCUUCAGAGUGGAAGAUUUGACUGUGCAGACCGGCAGUUCCAUUCCAUCCCUGCUACCUGGCAAGCUCUUAUGGAUAAUACAUAUGAUGUAAAAGAACUUAUUCCUGAAUUCUUCUAUUUCCCCGAGUUUUUAGAAAAUCAAAAUGAAUUUAAUCUGGGUCACCUACAAGUUUCUCAAGAAUUGGUAAAUGAUGUCAUUCUUCCAAGAUGGGCUAAGUCAGCUGAAGAUUUUAUUUAUAAACACAGAAAAGCUCUGGAGUCUGAGUAUGUUUCUGCUCAUCUUCAUGAAUGGAUAGACCUGAUUUUUGGCUACAAACAAAGAGGACCAGCUGCAGUGGAAGCACUCAAUGUCUUCUAUUACUGUAGUUAUGAAGGUGCUGUAGAUCUUGAUGCCUUAACAGAUGAAAAGGAAAGAAAAGCCUUAGAAGGGAUGAUUAACAAUUUUGGACAAACACCUUGUCAGCUGUUAAAGGAACCCCACCCUCCAAGAUUAUCAGCAGAAGAAGCCAUACAAAAGCAAACCAAAACAGAAAUCUCAACCCUCAACCUCUUUCAGCAUCUCACUGAAUUGAAGUCAUUUUUUAUAGAGGGAAUUAGUGAUGGUAUUCCUCUAUUAAAGGCCAUCAUCCCCCAAAAUCAAUCUCGUUCUUUUAUGUCUCAAGGCAGCCCUGAGUUACUGAUAACAGUAAGCGUUAAUUAUGUUAUUGGAACCCAUGGAUGGCUGCCUUAUGACAGAAAUAUUUCUAACUACUUCACAUUCAUCAAGGAUCAAACUGUGACUAACCCAAAAGCUCAGCGAACUGUGAAUGGUCCUUUUGCUCCAGGGCUGGAAAUCACUUCCAAGCUGUUUGCAGUGUCGCAUGAUGCGAAGCUGCUCUUCAGUGCUGGACACUGGGAUAACAGUAUCCAAGUAACAUCACUUACCAAAGGCAAGAUAGUCUCACAUAACAUCCGACAUAUAGAUAUUGUGACUUGCUUAGCUACAGAUUACUGUGGAAUACACUUGAUUUCUGGUUCCAAGGACACUACAUGUAUGAUAUGGCAGAUAACACAGCAGGGAGGCGCUGCUGUGGGCUUAGCAUCUAAACCUUUUCAGAUUCUUUAUGGACACACUGAUGAGAUACUGAGUGUGGGCAUCAGCACUGAACUUGACAUGGCAGUGUCAGGGUCAAGGGAUGGUACUGUGAUUAUACAUACCAUUCAGAAAGGUCAAUACAUGAGGACUUUACGGCCACCUUGUGAGAGUUCCCUGUUCCUGACCAUUCCCAGUUUGGCUGUCUCUUGGGAAGGACACAUUGUCAUCUAUUCCAGCUUGGUGGAGAAGCCCGCUCUCAAGGAUAAGAACAUGUUACAUGUGUUUUCUGUAAAUGGAAAGCAUCUGGGGUCUCAAGUCCUAAAUGAGCAAAUAUCAGACAUGUGCAUAAUUGGGGAGCACAUAAUCACUGGCAGCAUACAAGGGCUCCUGUCUAUAAGAGAACUUCACAGUUUGAAUCUCAGCAUCACUCCAUUAGCCAUGCGAUUACCUAUCUACUGUGUUUCCGUAACCAAAGAAUGCAGCCACAUUCUUGUAGGCUUAGAAGAUGGCAAAUUGAUUGUAGUAGGUGUUGGCAAGCCAGCCGAGAUGCGUUCGGGUCAGCUUUCUCGAAAAUUGUGGGGAUCUAGCAAGCGACUCAGCCAGAUUUCAGCUGGAGAAACUGAAUAUAAUACUCAAGAUUUCAAAUGAUUGUUAUUCCCACCUCCUGUGAUGGAAAACCAAACUCCAGUUAUUGCUUUGUCACUUUAGCUGCGCCCUACGCUGGAAGUCUUCAAGGAUUUUAUCUUUAAAAACGUUUAAAGAUUACGACAGUUUGAUAUUUGUGAAGAUGUAGGUUGAGUUGUAGAGGCUAAGGCAGGUGGAUCUUAAGUUCAAGGUCAGCCUGGGCUACAUAGCAAGACCUUGCCACAAAAAUUAAGUAAAUAAAUAAAGAAUAAAAAUAAAGGUGUAGGUUCUAUUAAAUCAGUUUUAAAAGUUUCAUCAGCAAUGAGUCUAGUUUUGUUAACCAGUACUAAAGUUGAAUUGAGAAAAUAUAUUUGAUUCAAUUUGGUAAUCCAUUCCUAAAUAAUUAAAUCCAAUUUUUAAGAAACAAACAUCUAAUAGUAUAUACUUAGAUUGAAUUCCCUUAAUCUUAGUAGCAAAAUUUAAGACAUUUCUGAUAAAGUAGCAUAGAUUAGAUGAUGGAGAGUUGAGAGAAGUGGCUUUUCAUGUAUUCUUCAGAUAAUCAUUUUUCUUUUGACUCACCAUUUCAUUAAAAGCAUAACCUUUUAAGCAUUUGUUGUACAAUUGAAUUUUCAAAAAUUGCAGGUCUGUAUAAUUGGAUUAAAUACAAAUAUUGAAAUAAACAUUGGUUUAUUUCCCUACCUUUAAUAUAUUAGUAAUAAAAAUUUACUAAAUUGUAUUAUUAUCCUUAAGUAACAAAAGUUGAAUAGGAAAAAGAAAAACUAGAGAUAAUCUUGACGAAUGUACUUCAUUAGCAGUAUAUUCAAACAAAAAUGCUGACUGUGGCCCUGGCUAGCUGGUGAGUAACAUUUGCAGCACAAUUUACAUGUGUGAAGUUCAAAAUUUUGUGAAUUUGUCUUUAUUAAGCAAAAACUGUACUCUCUUUGUGGUUAAUCCUUUCUGUCCUGAUGAUCAUGAGUUGUCAGUGAUGUUCUAAGAGGUCAUGAAAGACGGAGUAACGCUGCAUAGUUCAGAGUAGCCAUUUAGAUAAAGCAAAAUCUUUUAUUGCAUGUUAUACACAACUGUUUGGAUGAUAGCUAUUUUGUUACAGUUUGUUAAAUAUUACAUUAUGUCUAAUUUUUUAAGUAAAAAUGUUGAUUGAUUUAAUUUGGAAUUCAAAGUAAUUGUUAUUUAUUUUUUGUAAAAUUGACUUUUGAGUUAUUAGGUUAGAGAAGUUUUACAAGUAUUGGCAAUCUGAGAUUACACAAGCUUUGGGAAGAUUGGUGAAUCUCUGAAGUUGUACGGAAAUUUAUAUAUUGAGCCUAUUUUCAGGAAAGAAUUAUUGCAUGAUUUUCUUAAAAUGAUUUAUGGGCAACAACAGAUGAUUUUACAAUGGUAGCCUUUCAAAAUUAUAUUCUCUUUUAUUCUGCUGACCAUACAUUUCCUUAUACCUCAUUGUCUUUUCAGUUGAAUCCUGAAGAAAUUUUGAUUUUUCAUUUUCCCUCUCCUAUUGACCACAGUAUCCUAUGGUCUUUUCUUUAUAAUCCCAUAAAUAAGCUUUUUAAAAUAUAGGUGUAAAAGACUAUGUUUAGGAAAAUUUUACAAUAUUCUGACUUGUUGUUGGUCAGGAUUAGUAAAACACUGUAAAAUCACUGUUAAUAAGUUAAAAUUGUCUGAUUCGGGAAAAAAUAGCUUCAAAUGGCACUGAUAUCAACUGGUAGAAAAGUAGAAUUUGUGUAAAUGUGAUGAUUUCCUUUUUGAAAGACUUCAGGAAUUUGUUGGAAGUGUCAGGAGUCAAUAGAGAUGAUUAUGGUACAUGAAACAUUUCUUUUUUUCAUUUCUGCUCCCCCAGUUUCCACAUACUGGACCAUCUAUUCAUAAAAAUUAUAAGGGAGUUCAUGUCAGAACCAACAUGAUUGAGUGAUUUUUUUUCUUAUUGUUGGGCUUAUUUUUUAUUUAUAUAUUUUAUUUUUGUUUUUUUGUUUUGUUUCGUUUUCUUCAAGACAGGGUUUCUCUGUUUAGUUUUGACUGUCCUGGAACUCACUCUGUAGAUCAGAUUGGCCUUAAACUCAAAAAGACCCACCUGCCUCUGCUGCCUCCCAAAUACUGGGAUUAAAGGUGUGUGCCACCACUGCCAAGCAAUGAUUGGUUAUCAGUCCGUAGUAGAAUGCUUGCAUAUAUUGUUCAAGAUCCUGGGUUUACUCCCUAGCAUGUAUGAAAGAGACAGAAGAAACAAAGACAGGUACUAACUGACUCCAAAUCAAGACUUGGUAAGGGUUUCUUUUGGCAGUUUAUCCACGCAUGCUGCUCUUUCAUGGCUCAUAAACAAGAAGCUAUGCUCAGUUUUAUAUAGGUCUGGCCCGUGUACAAUCAAUGUUAGAUGUUAAAGGAGAAUUAUUCCUUUUAAUUAUUUUGAGGUUUAGAAAAUGCUAGCUCUAUUCUUGAAUAAUGAACUUUUUGUUUUGUUGUCGUUGUUUGUUUGUAUUUCAAGACAGGGUUUCUCUGUAUCACCCUGAAACUCACUCUGUAGACCAGGCUGUAUUCGAACUCAGAGAUCUGCCUGAUUCUUCCUCUUGAUUAAAGGUGUGACUACCACCACCCAGCCAAGAAUGAACUUUUGUAUUAAUUAAAAUAGCAAAUUUAGUGGAGCUGUUACCUGAGUUAAUAUAUUCCUCACGUAAACAUUAGAGCCAUGAAAUUAAAAGUCACUAGAUAAUAUCACUAGGAAGAUGCACUUUUACAGUGGAGUGUAGCUGUUAUCCAUAGAAACUUUCAUAAUGUAUAUUGGAAGAAAUUAUUAGAAUGGAUUGAUAGCUGGAUAUUUUAGUUCAUGAGUAUAAAAUCUCAUCUUGGCUGCUGUUGGUGUCAGUUCAUCUUUUCAGGACUUUUCAUCUGCUUUUGUUUCUUGAUAGUAAUAAUGAUGAAUGUUAAAAUCUCAGGUAAUGAGAGAUUUAUGCUAAGAUAAUGUUCUUUCUUUUGGAAAGUGAGGUCAGAAGUUGUUUUGCUGUUGUUGGUGGUGGCAGUGUGUGCACAUUUAUACAAUUUGCUGUAUGUACUUAGAGAAUCAAACACUGUAAUAUAUAACUCCCCCCCAGUCCGUAUUCUGUUAUUGUAAAAUUGAAGAAAAAGAACAAGUCAGAACAUGAAAGUCAAGGAACUGCAAAAAUAAAGAUUAGCAUUAACUUUCUA